CCCAAUCCGAGCCGCUGCCGUCCGCACGCCUCUGUGUCGCGUUUUUCUCGUGCGCCCCGACCGACGCCAGAGUGCUGACGAAACUUGGUGUUGUCGCGAGUGCAAGUGAAAGAAUCCCGGCCUCGCAGCCAGUGUGCGAUAUAUCUGUGUGAGAGUUGUUGUACUCGCGGCCUCGAUUCUCCGGGAGUGCCGGCCAGUUGGUCCUCCUCCCUCUCGUUGUGAUUGCCGUGCCCAGAGGAUAACCGUACGCCAGAGAGAAAGAGAUAGAGGGAGAGGAAGAGAGGGAGAGAGGGAUCGCGGAUGGAUUGACGAGCGAGCCGCCACCGAUCCGAGCUUGAAAACGAGGAGCGAGGAUGUCCGGCGUUGGGACGAGCGUUGGUAGGAGAGCGAACCUGUCAGCGCUGAGGCUCGGCCGCUCGGAGGAGGAGGAGGAGGCUCGCGAGGAGAGCUGCCAAGAGGGUGGACAUGACAAUGACGAGCGUGGUGGCCUUAGGGCCGCCGGGUAGCCUAGCAGCUAACAUGCUUGGGCCCAAGCGCUAUCAUCUGCAGCAGGGCCUCGACUCGUCCGCGCCCUCCAAGGGCUACGAGACGCUGAGCAAGGCCAAGAAGUCGUGGAGCGUGCGCCUGGGGCUGUCGCGCGGCUCGUCCCGCCAGCACGAUGUGGGCCCGCCCGCGCAGAGCCGCCAGCCGCAGCGCCAGCAGCACCAGCUGGGCUGGGGCACGGUCAGCGGCGGCAGCGUGCUCGCCCAGCAGAUGGUCUACGGCGAGCCCUGGCUGUACGGCACGGUGCGCGGCUCCUCAACGCGGCCCGCCAUGGCCGCGGCCGCCGCCGCCGCCGCCGCCGCCGUCCCCUCCGUGCUGCUGGUCUGCUCCUGCCCCGAGUUCCUGCACGGCAGCGCGCGAGACCUGGGCAGCGACUGCCGCAAGUGCGGCGGCUACCGGCUCGCCGGCCUGGCCGUGGGCGGCGGCACCUGCCGGGUGCCCACCUGCAACGUCAGACCGCGGCCCAGCUUGGCAGGCAUGCUGCGGCCGAGCGGCGCCGACGACCCCUACGACCUGAUGCGCCGCAGCCGCCUCGCGGAGCCGCGCUCGCGCGCUCGCAGCACCUCGCCCCUCCGGCAGAGCGGCCAGCGGGACGCGCGCAGCCAGAGCGCGGCCAGCAGGCGCAGCCCCGCCAGGAAGGUGGCCGCCGUCGAGCCCGUGUCCCGGACCGAGUGGUUCGCCGAGCGCGCGCCGCCCGGCGCGGCGCCGGACGGCCCGGGCGGCCCGGGCGGCCGGCCCCUCGACGACUGCGGCGAGCAGGCGGCGGAGCCGCAGCAGGCGCGCGGCUGGCCGGCCGGGGAGGAGCCGGGCGGCGCCGGCGACUCGCGCAAGAGCAUCCUCGAGUGCGACGUCAACCCGUACCUGCUGCUGAAGGACCGCCAGCCGGCGCGCAGCGAGGACGAGCUGAGCGACGAGCUGUCGGACAACGCGCUGGAGCGCGAGCUGCUGCAGUCGUUCGACCCGUCCAAGGUCAAGUCGAUCGACCGCUCCGCGGCCCACUGCCGCAGCUCGGUGGCCGCGAUCGGCGGCCAGCGCGUGCGCGUGUGCCACGAGCCGCGCGAGGUCAGCGACGAGGAGGACGGGCAGCCGGCCGGGCCGCAGCCGCCGUGCGCCCUGACCAGGAUACCCAUCCCGAAGAUCUCGCCCAAGAGGCCGCCCAGGCGGCCCAAGGAGCCCAGGGCCGCGCCGAGGAGCAUCCUCAAGCGAGCAGACCGGGCGGCUGCGUUCGCCGAGGCGGCCAAGCGGAAGAGCGUGCUCUUCAACGUGGACAACGUGAUCCUGGCGCCCGAGAAGCCGGCCGACCUGUGCCUCAGGUACGCCCUCUCCGUCCGCCGCGCCGUCGAGCGAACGCCGCACGGGCGCGCUCUACUCACGCCCGGUUCGUCGGCCCGCAGCCCGCCGAGAAAGACGUGCAAGUCCACCGAGAGCGACUCGCCGUCGGUCGUGGGCGAGGCGCCGAUCGUGCCCGAGGAGGCGCCCCAGCAGCAGCAGCAGCUCCGGUUCAUCACGAUCCCCAACAUCAGGAGUCCGAGGCAGCAGCCUCCCCCGCCGCCGCCGGCGCCGACGCAGCGACCCCCCGAGGCUAAGAUCGUGCCGAGGGUCAAGAGCGUGCCGCCGAUCGACAAGAUCAAGAUCGACAAGUUCGUGCCGUCCAAGAAGCAACAGCUGCACCACCAGCAUCAGGCUCACAACCGACAACAGCAUCAGCAGCAGCGGCAAUGCGAGGACGAGGAGCGAACUGCGGCGGCCGAGGCGAGCGUCGACGACGAGCGCGCAGCUCCAGCGGCGGCGGUUGGCGGCGGCAAGCCCAGCGCGAGCCUGAGCCGAAGCCAGAGCGAGAGGUCGAACGCCCGGCCGGAGAUCUCGGCCACGGACGUCAGCUUCGUGGACACCAUGAGGCUGAGCCUCUGCCGCAGAGCCAGGGACGAGGACGCCGCCAAGACGACGGCCGACGGCAGGCCCGAGGAGGCCAGGAGGCGACUGGCCGUGGAGCGCGAGUCCAGCAUCGAAGAGCCGAGCGCGCCGGAGCCGGAAGCUGGCGAAACCGGGGGUGCAGACGCGGCGCAGGAGGCGAAGCCGGCACCGGCCGAGUCCGAGGGGGCGCCAGCGCUCGCUCGAGCUGCCCGACCGAGCAGCUGGUCGCCGAGCGGCGCCUCGAACGUCUGCAAAAUCACCGUGAGCCCGCGAUCGGCGCCGGCCUCCCUCAUGGUGCACCGCCUGCAGGUGGGCUCGACGCCGAGCGCGACCAGCGGCUCGUCGCGGGCCACUUCGAUCACCAUCAACGGCGAGCAGGACUCGGGCAACAAGGUGACGAUCAGCGUCGGUGGCCAGGACAGCCCGUGCAAUCCGACGGUCAUCUCCGUGACGGGCAGCGCAGCCGAGAGCCCAGCGAGCGCGCGGACCUCCAGCGAGCAGAAGAGGACGCUCGUGAUCCUCGACAACUACAAGUCGAACAUAGUCAUUAGCGGCGACCGGCCGGAGCAGGCGAGGCGUUGCGGCGCCGCAGCAGCGCGUCCGAUUGGCGACUCUGUGUUCGGUUCGCAGCGUCGCGUGCAGGUGGCGAGCGCGAGCAAGCCCAUCGAGAUAAAGCCGAGGCUCAAGUUCAAGGAGGCCGAGGAGUCGCCGGACAACUCGCCCCGCUGGAAGCAAAUACUCGACGCGCGAGCCUCCUCGCAGGCCUCCAAGGAGGAGAUCAUAUCGAAGCUCCUGGAAGACUCGCUGCGCAAGGCGCGGGAGAACGGCGAAGUUCUGGACGAGAGCAGCGGCGAGGCCAUUCUGAAAAUCCUGAAGCAGAGCUUGUUGAAGAGCUCGGCCUCGCGCCUGGAGCCCGAGUGCGGCUACUUCAGGCCGCCGUCCUCCGGCAUGUUCCUCGAAGAGAAUGCCUACGAGGUGAUCAAGGAGCCGAUCUACGAGGAGAUACCCGACGAGCCGCCGCCUCUGCCGCUGAGUCCGCCGCCCUCGGACGACUUUCUCAAGAACAGGGUCUUCUUCGGCGACGAGUACAAGGACAGCUUCGGAGAUCUCGGCUGCGGCGCGUAUUACAAGCCACUGGGCGCCAGCUCCGGCCAGUACCUGGACUGCUCCUACCUGUCCAAGAGCCCCGACGACUCGUUCAACAAGACCUCGAGCUCGGCCAUGUCGGAGAAACUGCUCAACUUCAUCAUGGACUCGGAGAAACGCACGCGCGUCGGCAACGUGUCGCUCGACCACGAGGAGGACGUGGACGAGGAACAGGAGGAAGAGGAGGAGGAGGAGGAGGACGACGACGACGACGAGGAGGAGGAGGACGAGGAGGAAGAGGAAGAUCCCGAGCGAGACCUGGAGGCGCUUUACGAGCAGAAGGAAACGAGCUUGGGAGAUUUGAGCUCCAAGAGCUCGCAGAUCUCCAACGUGUCGGACAGCAGCGAGGAGUGCAACAUCAUCCUGACCAACUCGCCGGAAGCGCUCAAGACGCGUGCAGUGGACAUCGAGCGCACGGAUAGCGGAGUCGGCUCGGAGAGCAGCCAGGCGAGCAGCGGCCGCGGUGGCGGCGUAGCUCGACGUUGGCGCAACUCUAGCCACUGCAACGGCAACUUCGGCAGCGGCAGCGGCAAAGGCGGCGCCGUCGUGGCGCCGCCCGCAGCUACGGUGGUGGCGGCAACGACGGCGGUGACGGCGGCGGCGGCGGCAGCGGCGGCGGUGGCGGCGGCGGCAGCCGCGCAAAUCAGCAAGCCCGACGUCAAGCACUGCGAGGACUGCGAGCAGCGCCUCGAGCCGCUCGUCAUCGACAGCCUGCAGCGCUCGCCCGCGGUGUGCCGCAAGUGCGGCAAGAAGCGAGCGGAGCGCAAGGAGAUCGUCACGGAAAUCGUGGAGACGGAGCAGAAGUACGGCAGAGACCUGCAGAUCAUCCUCGAGGAGUUCCACCGGCCCAUGCUGCGCGCCGGGCUGCUGACCCCCGAGCAGCUGUCGGCGAUCUUCCUGAACGUGGAGGAGCUGCUCGAGCACAACCAGAUCCUCGCCGACAAGCUGAAGGAGGCCGUGAACGAGGCUCAGGCCGAGGGCGACGAGGACCUGGUCAGCGUGGAUCUCGGCAAGAUCUUCCUCGAGUCCGAGAGGAUGCUGCACGCCUUCGAGAGCUACUGCACGAGGCAGGGCGGCGCCAGCCUGCUGCUGCAGAACCUCGAGAAGGAGAAGGAGCUGCUGCGGAUCUUCCUGAAGGUCUCGCAGAUGGAGAACACCGUGCUGCGCCGCAUGAACCUCAACUCCUUCCUCAUGGUGCCGGUGCAGCGGGUCACCAAGUACCCGCUCCUCCUGGCGCGUCUCCAGAAGGCCACGCCCUCGGGCAAGCCGGACAUGCAGGAGCUCAAGAAGCGACUGAAGCAGGCCCAGAGCAACAUCGAGCUGCACCUGGAGCACAUGAACGCCGAGGCCAAAGAUAUAACGUCGACGAAGCUCUGGCGGCGCAUCUCGAUCAUCCAGAACGGCAGGCGGUCGGCCGGCGAGCAGGACAUGGUCAACAUCAAACUGCGAAAGAUGGCUGUGGAGGUGCUGGAAUGGCCGCACGAGGACUCCAGGUUCGUGCUGGAGGGUCGACUGCUGGUGGCCCAGCCGACGGACAACAAUUGGCGACGUGGCAGGACCGUGAAGCUCGCUCCCGUCACGGCGAUGCUGGUCACCAACGGCAAGCCGAACGGCCUGCAGCAGCCGAGCAGCGAGCUCCUCCAGUUCUCGGACGACUCUCUGUUCCCGAGGCAAAUUGCCGUCAAGGACGCCACUCUUCUGCUUGUCAAGGAGAAAUUGGGACGCUACUCGCUAUUAAGAGAACCACUUUACCUUGACAAGUGUAUCGUUUGCUGUGAGACGGACCUCGAGGACUACUUCGAAAUACAGGAGUUAUCUUCGAAGGAGACUUUUAUUUUCAAGGCUGAGGAUGGCGCCAGGACGAAGAGGUGGUGUCGUACCCUGCAGGCCCACGCGCAGUCUCUCGGCGCCUGGCGACGGCGCCGCGGCGCCCUGCCCAACAUCAUGAUCUGCGGCGUGGCGCGGAGCUGAAUUGUCGCUGUCGGCCUUAUUCUUAUAGUGCGUCGCAGAAACAGCGAGUUUCCUACGUAACUGUAUAUCGACGUCGGAAGAGGACGAGAAGGAGCUUGCCCGUCGCAAGCUCGCGAGUGAUUCCUAUAAGCGUUUAGCGCACACAUGCUAUUGAAAUACUCGGCAAAGCCUUUACACGGUGUACUUUUAGGCAAUCAGUCGUAGUGCACUACGAACCUAGACAUUUUAUUCUAUUCUACGUAUAACUCUCUUCCUCUCGCUAUCUCUUCCACGCCUUCUCUUUCUCCUACCCGUUCUUAUACAAGCUAAUAUACCCCGACUCUUUCAGACGGACAAAUUAUUUAAUUGUGACUUUCGUCUACCAUGUACUUGUAUAAAUUUUCUAUUUUCUCGAGACACGAUCAGUAGCUGUGAUAUCAACCCGGUAUAUUGGGAUUUACAAGUGUGUAACGACUGUUCUCCUCAUAUCCCUCUUUCUUACUUAACUACUUUUUUUUUCCUCUCUCUCUCUCUCUCAUUUCCCAAGACUUGCCUUCAAGUGUAAGCGUAGGGUGUUCAUUGACGAUUCACGGACAAUUAUGUACAUUGUACCAUAGUCCUAGCCAUUUGUAUAUAUUAUAUCGGCGAGAGUGUAUAAUAAAAUAAAAACCACCCUACUGAGACUUUAUAUUUUGUAUGGCUUGAGUAUAUUGUGUAUGUUAUGUAUGACUGUAGUCGAAUAACUGCGGUACUUGCGUCUGCUUUUGUCAAUUGAAUAGUCGAAAUUAAAGAAUUUUUCUUCAGAUUAUGCGACAUGUAUUCAUAUAACGGAUAUCAAUGGCUUUAUUUUUAUUGCCUCAAAUCCAAUUUGUAAUUAUUUUAUACUAUAUAAGAACUGAAAUGCAAGCUUCUUGGCUCGAUUUAAUAUAUAAAAAAGCGAAACUUAACUUUGCACUUUAAUGUGCA